UGCAAGGACUGCAUGACUCCCGCAGCCUCGCCUCGCUGCGGUCCGCCCCCUUCCCAGACCCGGAGGCUGCUGGAGGGGAGGGAGGUGCCGCUGCCUGGACAAGGAGGGGCCCUGCAGGAAUAUUCGUCCUCAACGUGCAGUUUGGCUGGCAGGCCCCCCGCCCAGGAUCCCGUCUGCAGCCGCUGCUGGUGAUCCCUACGUGAGAAGUUUUUUUAUGUAGACCGACAAGAGAGAGAGACACAAUGGCAAAUUCAGCCAGAGAACAUCUGCUUUUUGUGCGACGACGUAAUCCUCAGCUACGGUAUACUCUGAGCCCAGAGAACCUGCAGAGCCUGACAUCUCAGGGCACCAUACCUGAGAACAUGAACUUGCAGCGUGCCAACAGUGACACUGAUCUAGUGACCUCUGACAGCCGCUCUAGUUUGACAGCGAGUAUGUAUGAAUACACCCUGGGGCAAUCUCAGAACCUCAUUAUUUUCUGGGAUAUUAAAGAAGAAGUUGACCCAACAGACUGGAUAGGACUUUAUCAUAUAGAUGAGAAUUCUCCUGCCAAUUUCUGGGAUUCCAAGAACCGGGGAGUGACGGGCACGCAAAAAGGACAAAUCGUAUGGCGAAUUGAACCUGGCCCCUAUUUUAUGGAACCUGAAAUAAAGAUCUGUUUUAAAUACUACCAUGGUAUUAGUGGAGCCCUGCGAGCUACUACCCCAUGUAUCACUGUGAAAAACCCUGCUGUGAUGAUGGGGGCGGAAGGCAUGGAGGAAGGUGCUUCUGCAGCUCAACAAUCUCGGAAACUAGUCAGCUUUGCAUUAUCAGAUAUUAGAGCAGUUGGGCUAAAAAAAGGGAUGUUCUUCAAUCCUGAUCCUUACCUAAAGAUGUCCAUUCAGCCAGGAAAGAAAAGCACGUUUCCUACAUUUGCCCAUCAUGGUCAGGAAAAAAGGUCUACUAUCAUCAGUAACACAACUAAUCCUGUUUGGCACAGAGAGAAAUAUUCUUUUGUUGCACUUCUAACAGACGUCUUGGAAAUUGAAAUUAAAGACAAAUUUGCCAAGAGUCGUCCUAUCAUCAAGCGCUUUCUUGGGAAGUUAACAAUACCAGUCCAGAGACUAUUGGAGAGGCAUGCAAUAGGGGACCAGAUUCUUAGCUAUAACCUUGGCAGAAGGCUCCCAGCUGACCAUGUAAGUGGGUAUCUCCAAUUCAAAGUCGAGAUUACAUCUUCCAUUCAUGAAGAUGCUUCACCAGAAACCGUUGGUACUUUGCUAGGAGUGAACUCUGUGAAUGAAGACUUAGGAAGCCCUUCUGAUGAUGAGGACAUGCCAGCAGGGAACCAUGACACACUUCCAGUUUGUUUAAAUGGCCCAAUCCUUGAGGAAUCUGUUGGAAAUGCAGUCCUUACACAUUCUUUAAGGACUAGUACAACUCUGGAAAUGGACCAGGAAGAGUUAACCUCUACUGCUGCAAGGUCAUCACCUAACAGAGGUCGCCAGGACUCAUUGAAUGACUAUUUGGAUGCAAUAGAACAUAAUAGUCAUCCCAGACCUGGGACAUCUGCCUGCAGUGAGCGUUCACUUGGGGCAUCCCCAAAACUAAGGAGUAGUUUUCCUACUGACACGAGACUUAAUGCUAUGCUUCACAUUGACUCAGAUGAAGAGGAGCAUGAGUUGCAUAAAGAUCUGGAUUUUCAGUCUUCCUUGGAAGAAGAUGGCGGUUUAGUAAUGUUUAAUGGUGCUACAAGGAGUGUUGAAGGAAAUUUUUUAAGUUACUCAUCAUCAAAUCCGAUAAUGCAAGGUCCUGCAGAGGAUGGGAAAGCACCAGCCUUCGAAACUCCUUUGCAGCCCUCUGAUAACCAGCAGGAGACUCUCCAAGGGCUUCCACCAUCAGAGUUUGCUGGAGAAGAAGGUGAAGGCCAGCCAGAUUCUCAGAAUAAUCUGUCGGUAGAAUGGGCUGGCAGCGAAUUGUGUGCCUGUCAGGUGGCAGAGCAGCCUACUAGCAGUGCAGACAUGGGAGCUUCAGACUCUGCCAUUGGUAGUAGAAGAGGUAUUAGUGAAACGGAAUCCCUUGACCAAGGAUCUGAACCUUCCCAGGUAUCCUCAGAAACUGAGCACAGUGAUCCUGCUCGCACAGAAAGUGUCAGUGAGGCCAGUACCAGGCCAGAAGGAGAGAGUGAUGUGGAAGGGGCAGACAGUUCCUGCAAUGGAAGUGUGACUACACGUCUCUCCUCAGUCGAAACUCGGUGUUCUUCUUUGGAAAGUGCCAGGUUUUCUGAGACUCCUGCCUUUUCUUCUCAGGAGGAGGAAGAGGGAGCUUGUGCCACCCCUGUGACCCGAAGCGAGCCUGCUGCAGAAACACAGGACUCUGUGUGCACUCCUGGCUCCUUACCGGCGGUGCGGUUACCCAGCAGCCAAGAGGAGGCUCGGCAGCUGGCUGAAGGAGGGGAAUUACAGGAUAGAGAUGAAUCAGAAGAAAUUUGGCAGAGGAGGAGGAGUCUGCAGGCUGCAGCUGCAAGUAGCCAGUGUCAGGAUGAAGAAACUGGAGGUACCCAAGCUGCUUGCGAGGAGGGAGCUACACAAGUUGAAGGAGCUAGUGGAGGUUCCCAAGCCAAUGGCCAUCAGAAUCUGAGGUCACUACCGUCAGUACGUCAGGAUGCUAGCCGAUAUCAGAGAGUGGAUGAGGCUCUGCCACCAAACUGGGAGGCCCGAAUCGACAGCCAUGGGAGGAUAUUCUAUGUGGAUCAUGUAAACAGAACAACAACAUGGCAGCGACCCACAGCUCCUCCAGCCCCACAGAUCCUCCAGAGGUCAAAUUCUAUACAGCAAAUGGAGCAGCUGAAUCGCCGAUAUCAGAGUAUUCGUCGAACGAUGACUAAUGAGAGACCUGAAGAGCACCCACAUGCCAUUGAUGGAGCUGGAGAGGAUACUGACUUCCAUCAUUCUAAUGCAGAUUUUCGAAGGGAGAAUGUGCUGCCUCAGUCUACCUCCAGAUCCAGGCUUACUUUAUUGCUACAGUCUCCUCCGGUGAAAUUCCUUAUCAGUCCAGAGUUCUUUACAGUGCUGCAUUCUAACCCUAGUGCCUACCGCAUGUUUACAAACAACACGUGUUUGAAGCACAUGAUCACCAAAGUCCGGCGGGACACCCACCAUUUUGAGCGUUACCAGCAUAAUCGAGAUUUGGUGGGCUUCCUCAAUAUGUUUGCUAACAAACAGCUGGAGCUGCCGAGAGGUUGGGAAAUGAAGCAUGACCAUCAGGGCAAGGCUUUUUUUGUUGACCACAAUUCCCGCACCACCACGUUCAUUGACCCACGGCUUCCCUUGCAGAGUAGCAGGCCCACUAGUGCAUUAGUGCAUCGACAGCACUUAACCAGACAGCGCAGCCACAGUGCUGGUGAGGUAGGAGAGGAUGCCCGUCAUUCAGGACCACCAGUUCUACCAAGACCAUCCAGCACGUUUAAUACAGUCAGCAGGGCUCAGUACCAGGACAUGGUUCCAGUGGCCUACAACGACAAGAUUGUCGCAUUUCUGCGACAGCCCAAUAUCUUUGAAAUUCUACAAGAGCGUCAACCAGAUCUUACCAGGAAUCCUUCACUCAGGGAGAAGAUCCAGUUUAUCCGGACAGAGGGAACACCUGGACUAGUGCGUCUAUCCAGUGAUGCAGACCUUGUCAUGUUACUAAGUUUGUUCGAAGAAGAAAUAAUGUCAUACGUGCCGCCACAUGCCUUACUUCAUCCCAGUUAUUGCCAGUCCCCAAGAGGUUCUCCAGUAUCCUCACCUCAGAACUCUCCAGGUACUCAGCGUGCUAAUGCCAGAGCUCCAGCUCCUUAUAAAAGAGAUUUUGAAGCCAAACUGAGGAACUUCUACAGGAAGCUGGAGACUAAAGGAUAUGGACAAGGGCCAGGGAAAUUAAAAUUAAUCAUCAGGAGAGACCACUUGCUGGAAGAUGCCUUCAAUCAGAUUAUGGGUUACUCAAGAAAAGACCUGCAGAGAAAUAAACUCUAUGUCACGUUUGUUGGAGAAGAAGGGUUGGAUUAUAGUGGACCUUCAAGAGAGUUUUUUUUCCUGGUGUCCAGAGAGCUCUUCAAUCCAUAUUAUGGUUUAUUUGAAUAUUCAGCCAAUGAUACCUACACAGUACAAAUAAGUCCCAUGUCUGCUUUUGUAGACAAUCACCAUGAGUGGUUCAGGUUCAGUGGUCGAAUCCUUGGUCUUGCUCUGAUACAUCAGUAUUUGUUAGAUGCCUUCUUUACACGGCCCUUUUAUAAAGCCCUCCUCAGAAUACUCUGUGACCUGAGUGACUUGGAAUACCUUGAUGAGGAGUUCCACCAGAGUUUGCAGUGGAUGAAAGACAACGAUAUACAUGAUAUCCUAGAUCUCACAUUCACUGUAAAUGAAGAAGUUUUUGGGCAGAUCACUGAACGGGAAUUGAAACCAGGGGGUGCCAACAUCCCAGUCACAGAGAAGAACAAAAAAGAAUACAUAGAGAGAAUGGUGAAAUGGAGAAUUGAGAGAGGGGUUGUGCAGCAAACAGAAAGUCUAGUUCGAGGUUUCUAUGAGGUUGUUGACGCUAGGCUGGUGUCUGUAUUUGAUGCAAGAGAAUUGGAACUGGUUAUUGCUGGCACGGCAGAAAUUGACUUAAGUGACUGGAGAAACAACACAGAGUAUAGAGGAGGUUACCACGACAAUCACAUUGUAAUUCGGUGGUUCUGGGCUGCUGUAGAAAGAUUCAACAAUGAACAACGGCUAAGGCUAUUACAGUUUGUUACAGGCACAUCCAGCAUACCUUAUGAGGGGUUUGCAUCUCUAAGAGGGAGCAAUGGGCCAAGAAGAUUCUGUGUAGAAAAAUGGGGGAAAAUCACUGCUCUUCCCAGGGCUCAUACAUGUUUCAAUCGUCUUGACCUUCCCCCUUACCCAUCAUUCUCCAUGCUCUGUGAGAAACUGUUGACAGCAGUUGAAGAGACAAGUACCUUUGGACUUGAGUGAUACGCAAACCACAGUGCCCAGCUCUUUGGACGUUUGUGGAUCUGUCCUCUCAAGAAUGAAUGAACAUUUGUAUUGGAUUCUUAGAGGAAAAUUGUUUUACAAUACAAUUCAAAUAAUGAGAUUUCCAUCAAUGAGUAAAUCUAGCUUCGGAAGCAGUUACAAGCAUUGUGAUAGUGGUGGAGUAAUCUACGGUAAUACUGGAGUGCGCCUGGUGUGCAGGGAAAACUAACAGUCUUGCAAUAAACAGUUUUUCUUGACUGCCAUGUUUGUUAUGGCCCAAGCAAAAGAUGUGACCAUGCAUGAUCAGCAAGGUGGCUACUGCAAAAUCUGAUAAGUAUCUUGAAACUGGAUUUCACCAAAGUCCUUGAAUGUAAAGUUCAAGUCAAAAUGUGAAAUCGUUUAGUCCACCCCUAAAUUAGCUAAAAUCAAACUAUGGAAUUCUUUAUUAAAAAAAAAGUUUCCUAAAGAUACGUUACUUUAUGCCAUAUACUAUAACAGAAUAUCCAUUACUUGCUAUACCUAAGACUACGAGUCCCUGCAUGGUGUGCAUCAUAGAUUUCAGCUUCCUGGGCCAGAAGUGAAUUUGAAGGAAAAUCAGUAGCAAGGGAUGUCACAACAAUGGCUUGCAAUAAGGAGGUUUGUGAAAAUGUAUAUGCAAGUGGCGCGUGUAUGGCAAAUGAUGAGCUAUUAUAAGGAGAACUUAAUAAUGACUGAUUUUAUGCUUUAUACUGCAUGGAAACUGUUUUAAAAAAUAAGUAUCAAUUUACCACAGCAUAUCAGGAAAAAAACGUACACAGUGACUUCUCUUUAUUUUUAUAGGUUCAUUAUGUUAAGUUCCUCAGAGUGUAAAUAAGAAACUAGCAUACUAAAUGUUAUUUCUGUUCAUUUCACUUUUCAUGCAUAAACAGACAUUGUGCUAGUGUUUUAUUCUUUAAGCACUCUCAAGGAAAAAAAUGCCUUUUAUUUUUAUAUGAGUAAGAAAUUCCCAAAAAUAUUUUGCACUGAAUGUACCAAAGUUGAAGGGACAUUAUGAUCAGACUGACCGCAAACUGCAUCACUCUUACAAGUAUCUAGAAAAUAACUUCUUAAGAACCGAGCUUUCUUCACAGUGCCAUGUCUAUAGAUAUCAGGACUGUGCACAUAAGUAAUAAUUUUGUAAAAAUCAGUACAUGUGAUAUUGUAAUAUGCAUUUAUUUUAAAUGCAUUUGGUUCAUUUUUCAUCCAUCAAAUAACCUUUAAGGGAUUGAGUGUAAUACAGAUGUUUCAUAUUUUCCCAGCAACUUUUAUUUGUACAGCACCGUGAAACACACUAGCUUAUUGGGGAAACCAUUUGCGACACUUAAGAGGAUGAACCUUUAAUAGUAAUGAUUCCACUCUCCCUUAUCAGUGAACACCUCCAAGCUAUAAACUGUUCGUAAUGUCUUUCUAAUUGCAUUUUCACUGAUGAGUAGUUUUCUUAUCAAUGUUAAUUAAAAUGGAGUCCUUUUCAAUGGUAUAUCAAAAACUGCAUGAAUCCACCAAUUUAAUUAUGCUUAAUUUUGCCAAAGUGCACAGGCAUCACUUGCACCCAUUCCUCAUAACUAUCUUUAAUCCUAAAUUAGUUUUGCAUCUGUGCAUUUGUACAGCCAUUAAGAAAUACUACAUACAUCGAGCCAGAGUUCCAGAAAACUUCAACUGGAUGUUGAAUGGCAAGAACAGAAAUACAGCUCUUUGUGUUCCUUUUGAUGGCACUCAAGCAUUUCAAGACCUGCUUUGUGGGAGAACUAAGUUUGGGAGUAACCUCAGGAUUCCCACUCUGGGGACUCUCGUUGAAUAGGGGUCUCAGUGAGGUGACAUGCUUAUUUUCUGUAUUCAUAACAAUGGGAGCACCCAUCCACUCAAGUGAACAUUGGAACAGCAAUAAAGAUGCUGUCAGCAAAGACUACUUUUUCACCCUCACAAUGAGAAAGUAGAUGCUGUUGUGGUGGUAGGAGCUGGGUGCUGGGUAAAUUUAAGUUGCCUCAGAUCCCUUUCCCCCCCGCAUUCCCCAAACAAUAUAGGAAAUAAUGCCUGUAUUCAGAUCAUUGAGGAAACCCCACUGUCAAAAAUAAAAUGAAAAUAUCUUUUGACUUUACAAAAAAUGGGUUCCUCCCUAAAACAAUGACAUCUUGGAAUCACACAAGUUUUCUUAAACUGCUCCUGGCUUGUACUAAGUGGCAAAGAAAUGUCAAACUGUUAUUCUAUUUUUACAUCCAAGUUUAUCAGUGUUUGCUAAGAUAUCACGUUAAUGGUCCAGGGUUUGCUAAUGCAUGUGUUGUAUCAAAGAACUGAUACACAGUAGAUAAAUUUACUUGUGAGCAGGUCAUUUCAGCAUGGCUCAUGUUUCAUGUGAUCAAAUUCAUUAAGUAUCUGACACUCCAGUCACUUAGAGCCAAAUGAAACUUUUGAUUGGCUAAGAACCACAGAAGUUGGCUCUUGUAAUAUUACAGUAUCUUUUCCCUAAAAAGAGAUCCUUGCAGGAGAACAGAUCUACAAACAUUAAUCCAGAAACUCAUUGGAAUUAAAAGGGUUAAAUAUUUGACACAAAAGUUUACA